AUGUUACGGACAUUUGCACUCUGCUUUACUUUACUCUUGUUCAAUAUUAACGCCAUUUUGCCCUGCAAAGGGUCCAAGGAUCUCGAUAUCGACAUCACCAAGCCUGCUUCCUCAUCCAUUGACGUGUUUGAAAGGAAGCCUUAUGGGAUACCCUCGAGGGUGUACGUUGCAAAGGAUGGUUACAGGAUAUCAUCAGUGGUAGAUGGAGAGAGUCUCCUGUGGAGACAGUCCGGCAGUCAUUCCUGUAGUCACGCCGUUGUAACUCUGAAAGACGAUGGGUCGCUAGGCUCUGCCAAUGUUUACCUUGUGGAUGGCGACGGUGUAAGGAUGCCCAUCUACUUUGCCAAGAAUGGUGGAGCAUGGACAGAGACAAAGGAAGAAGACUUUUACGACGCGUUCCACCAGAGGGUAUUAAAGGAGACGCUUCUUGAGUCCAUUGAGAUUGACAUUGAAAAGAGGGAAACAUGCGACAAGUACUUUGUCACAAACACCUCCAACUUUCCAUUCCUUGUCUACACUCCAAACGUCGGCUAUCGCAUAUCGAAAAUCUUCAACGGCAUGACAAUUUGGGAAGCAAAGGAUGAAAGUGAGAGAUGCAUCUACGCAUCCCUGUACCCAAGAUAUGAGCCGAAACUGGCGUAUCUCAUCGUCUCUAGUUGGCACGGACAAGAGAAUGUGUACAUGCACAAAAUAGACUACGAAUGGGUGCCCGUACAAGGUGAUGAAUACAGAAAUGCUUUGGAGAAAUAUGGACUGGAUCUGUCCACAUUUGACAAUAGGGUGAUAAUGGAUAUCUCCAACAUUGACCAUACGAAAUUCCAGCCCUCGAUUUUCCCCGUUCACAAGCGCAAAUAUUCCCUGUACAUACCGUCCCCGGGGCAUACACUUGUCAAGGUGAUGGAUGGCGGAGUCACUCUCUGGGAGUCAUCCGAUGGAGAAUAUUGUCUGCACGUUAACCUUUCUGAAAUCGAGGGAGAGUACCGUAUUUUCUACCUCUUUGUAUACGGUCCUAAAGACGGACGUAGGGUCAUAUACGCCAAAAAGAAGGGUGACUUGUGGAGGUUUGUAAGCAGGCGUGAAUACUAUUCUCUUUUUACUGGACUGAGUGGUGGUGAACGCACUUGCAAGAAGAGUCAACAAAAGCUCCUUGUAAGCAGUUUUAGGAAUAAGCAAGGCCUACGGAUUGCUACCUAUGCCUCCAGAGUGGAGAAUGCCAAAGCAGACAUUAUUCUCGUCCAUGGAUUCCGCGGAUACUUUAUGUCUGAGUUUUGUGCUUCGAGUACGGAGUGGAAUUAUAGACACUUUGGAUACGACCUCUCUCCAGCCGCUAAUCCUCUGGGUUAUUAUACAGCUCCUUUGGAGCCUCGUAAUGCGGAUAGGUAUAGGCACUUUUUCGAGCGCCUGGUUCUACAUGGGAAUCUCUUGGACGUUUCGCCCAGAUACGAAUAUGAAGGUAGCUUUGUAGAGGCUCUAAACAGAUUUGGCUACAAUGUCUACGGAUUUGACCUGCAGUCUCAGGGUUUCUCUGAGUCGGUCGGAGAUCUCAGAUGCCACGCAGGAGAUUUUAAAGACCAUGUGCAUGACGUCCUACAGUUUGUCAGUAUCGUCAAGAGGGGCAAGUUUGAUGACCCCUCUGAAAAGUGGGACAAUAGUAGCCUCUACGAGAACACUCCCACGGAUAGAAGGACAUUCUUGCUAGGAUUUUCAAUGGGAGGAAACAUUGUUUUUCGGGCUGUGCAAGAGUUUCACGGUAAUGCUGAGAAGGGAGCCAAAUUCCUGGACGGUAUCAUCGUCACCUCUGGAAUGCUAAACCUCGACAACCACAUUACCAACUGGAAGAAGGCGCUCUCUUUAUAUACUCUAAAAGUGGCGGCAUUGGCCAUGUCAGAAGUUAUUAAUCCGUAUGAAGAAUUUUACAAUUAUGGCGGACACUUUGAACCGUUCCUAAGGUACCAUGACCCUUUGCAAUACACACAGAGAAUCACAUUUGGUGCACUCAAUUCUCUCUUUGAAGCUUGUAAAGCUGUAAAUAGUAGUUGCAACAUGAAGCACUAUCCGAGAAACCUACCAACGCUCCUCAUUCACUCAAAAGGAGACGAUAUAUGCAGCAUCAAUGGACCUAGAAACAUUGUAGAAAACUAUUUCAAGGGUAACAAGAAUGUGAAUCUCGUAGAACUUGAGGGUACGUUUCACUUUUUAAGCUCUCCAGAGUCCAUGGCAGGUGUAAUGCCAUACCUGCUGAAUUGGCUAAAUGAACAGUCAAAGGUGGCUGUCGGUAAAAAGACAAAAGUACAGAAUGAAUUUUGA